AUGACGGACCACGACAAUCCAAUCAGUGCGCUGGUCGAGGCGAACAGGGCAGCUGUCAAAGCGAUCGAGAAUCUCACUCAGCUACUGUCGGACAAGGACGCCGACUGCUCGGACCUCCAGGGCGAGAUCAGCAAGCUCAAAGGCCAGCUCGAAGCGAUGAAGCAGCCGACGUCAGUAGCCGCAGCAGGCGCUCCCACACAGCAUGAUCAAAUAGUCGAGACGCAGCAAGCCAUCUCCGCCAGAUCGAGCGACGCGGGCACCGUAGAUGCUAAGGCCGCCAAUGAGCAGCUCAAGAAGGAGCUGGCUGACCUCAAGGUAGAGCUCAAGAAAUUUCAAAAGCGCGAGGAUGAGCUCUACAAUAUUCUUGAUGAGGCGUAUAUGAGCAAUGAUCGGCUCGAGGAAAAGCUCGCUCUAUCCGACAAGUGUAUCACAGAGCUUCGAGAGCUAGGAUCACGCUUCCAACAGAUUCUCCAGGGCUGCUCUCCUUCUCAUGGCGCCGAAGCAGCACAGCAAUCCGCAACCGUCUCCCCCAACACGCCGGUACGCGUCAACAAGAUGACAGGAGCAGCACCUGCUGAAGGCGUUGGCGAUGCGCGCAAGCGCCCUCGCCAGCAGUGAGCAGGACCCCUGAAGUCAUGCAGA